UUCGCUAUCGUAUCGCGAAACGGUCGGAUCUCCGCGAGAGCGUGUGUCCUUCGUUAAUGAGAGAAGUGGAAUGUAAAAGAAAGAAAGGAAAAAGAGAGCAAGAGAGAGAGAAAGAAAAAAAGAGAUAUAAAAAAACGUGAUUGUGGAAAAGAGAGAGAGAGAGAGAGGAGAUCGUUUGUAUAAUUAGUUUGAAAAUAAUCAUUAAAAAGAUGGUGAACGAAGAUGGUUAUAUUGGUCUAAGAUUAACAAGAGGAUAAAAAUUGAUAGAGAGAGAGAGAGAGAGAGAGAGAGAGAGAGAGAGAGAGGGAGGGAGAGAGAGAAGAAGACAGCAAGAAGAUAUAUCCGCGCGAAUUCGAAAAAGAAGGAGGCUCGAGAAGGUCCGAUUGGCCUAACUUCGCUACGAUGCGCGCCGGGAUGAGCCUCCCGCGAAUGACGAACCCUCGCGAAUAAAAAAAUAACAAUAAGGGUUAACAUUGUUUCACGAGAGUCGCGCGCGUCGCUCCCGAGCAGCGUGAAGCUCGCGAGAUGCGAGGAGAGGGUACAAGGGUGAAGAGUUCGUGUGACUCGCGUGCAUCUUCCCUCGUUGGCGGGUGAUACGACGGAGGGGAAGAAAUAUUUUUAAUGUAUUCUUCGUUAUUCCUCUUAUCAUUCGUCGUCGUGUGCGCGAAUAUUUGUGAAUCGAGAUAAUAAUAAUCAUAAUAAUAAUAAUAAUAAUAGUAAUAAUAGUAAUUAAUAUUAAUAAUAAUAAAUAAUAAUAAUAGUAAUAAGAUUUAAUAACAUAAUAAUAAUUAUAAUAGUAAUAAUAGUAAUAGUAAUAAUAAUAAAAAUAAUAAUAAUAAUAAAAUAGAAAAGGUGUCAUUAAAUUUUGUGUGUCGUGUACAAGACGAAGACGGUGUCGUUCGAGUCGUGUUCAGUGACGGAACAGUGUUAGUUUGAAAGCGCGACCUCUCCUCCAUUGGAAGAAGAUAGAAAACACGUGGAAUAAAAGAAAGAAGAAAGAAAAGAGACGGACGUACGAAGGAAGAACCACGUCGACCGUCGCAUGGACCACAACUCGGAAAGGAAACGAACCUGACCCGCUUGCUGAAACGGGGUUACACUUCAACGUAUGAGGGAAACGUAUUAUGUGAGGUGAAACUUGCGACGAGGGAAACGAAGAUGUCCACGAUCAGUGUCGCGACAUGGUUACUCGGAGUCGUCGCUCUGACGACGAUUAAUAACGGCGUUCAUUGUCAGAGUAUGUUGCACGGUAGUAGCGGGAAAAACGGUGGUGAUAGCAGCUACCAACAAAACAGUUUAGAAGACUCAUCACGUUCCGGCCCGUAUUUCGACAAGUCGGCCUCGAAGAACGUGACGGCGCUUCUAGGAAAGACGACGUACCUCAAUUGUCGUGUAAAAAACUUGGGCAACAAAACGAUGACGCUCCAAGUUUCGUGGGUUCGGCACAGGGACAUUCACUUGCUGACUAUCGGUCAGUAUACAUACACGAACGAUCAGAGAUUUCGUGCGAUUCACAAAGCUCAGUCGGAGGAUUGGACGCUACAAAUAAAAUAUCCGCAGCAUCGAGAUAGCGGUAUUUACGAGUGCCAGGUCUCGACGACUCCGCACAUGAGCCAUUUCGUGCAUUUAAACGUUAUCGAACCGAAAACCGAAAUACUCGGUGCACCGGAUCUUUACAUCGACAGAGGCAGUACGAUCAACCUCACGUGUAUCAUAUUACAAAGUCCAGAACCCCCAGCUUAUAUAUUCUGGAAUCACAACAAUGCCAUAAUUAGCUACGACUCGACCAGAGGUGGCGUGUCCGUGGUCACGGAGAAGGGCGACAGUACGACGAGUUUCCUCCUCGUUCAGGAAGCCAAACCGUCUGACUCCGGACGUUAUACGUGUAAUCCCAGCAACGCUCAACCAAAGUCGAUUACCGUUCACGUACUCAAUGGAGAAUAUCCCGCGGCAAUGCAGCACGGCGGUCAAGCGAAACAACCAAGGCUCUACUCACUGCUGCUUUGUCUGUGCCUGCUUCUUUAUUAAGAAAGGAAAGAAAUAAGGGGAAAAAUAAGAGAGAUCGUUCUCUCUCCGUCUAUCACUUUCUCUCUCUAUCUAUCUAUCUCUCUCUUUCUUUCUUUCUUUCUAUCUCUUUCCGUUUCUCUAUGUAUCUCUCUAUCUUUGUAUCUUUUCAUCUCUCUCUUUGUCUAUCUCUAUCUAUGUCUCUAUCUCUCUUCUACCUAUCUAUCUUUCGCUAUCCAUCUAUCUACCUAUCUCUUUCUAUCUACCUAAAACCAUACAAAACUCUGAGAAAUCCUAUAAGAAAGGGAAUGUACCAGUGAAAUUUGCCACUAAUCUUUGGUAUCAAUUAAACGGAGAAGACGAAGAGAAAGAGAGAGAAAGAGAUAGAUAGAUAGAUAGAUACAUAGAUAGAUAGAUAGAUAGAUAGAUAGAUAGAUAGAUAGACAAAUAGAUAGACAGAUAGAUAGAUAGGUAUAUAGAUAGGUGGAUAGAUGAAUAGAUGGAUAGAUGGAUAGAUGGAUAAAGAUAUAAAGAGAGAGAGAAGAAAACGUAGAAAGAAAGACAGAGACAGAAACAGGGACAAAGAGUAAGAAACAGAGAGACCGAUACAGAGAUGGAUAAAGAGAAAGAGAGAGAGAAAGAUAUAAAAAGAGGGAGAGAUAGAUAGAGAGUGAGAAAAGAAAGAAAGGUAAACAAAGAAAAACAACAACAACAAGAUUUUAAUUCAACAUCCACGACGCAAGACGAGACGCAAAAAAAUACUGGGCUCCCCACCCUUUUUGUGACACGGAUUCCUUCCGUGGGUUCGUCCACAACCUUCAUGCAACCUUCGAUUUGGUUCACUAAACGUUGAACAAAGAAGAUGAUGAUGAUGAUGAUGAUGAUGAUGAAGAAAAAGGAGAAGAAAAAAAGAAAGAAGAAGAGGAAGACCAACUAAACAAGUCGUUGCUAUACUUAAUCAACCCUCUAAUCAACGCUACCACUAUUACCCAACCCCCUCUACACCCCAUCCCACCAAUCGUGACUUUUAUCGCGGUGUGUAUCCACGGAGAUGAUGAUACAUAAUCAACGUCCUUCGACUCGGUGCUAUACUCUAUUGAAACAUCCAAUGAAUUAAUUCUUCCAAAUACAAUCGUUCAUCUCAACGACGAAUUUUCAUUCAUCCAAUAAUCUCGAAUGUACGCUCGAAUGAAAUCGAUCACGAUCAUCCAUCGAUCCGAUCCGAUCCGAUCCGAUCCGAUCCGAUCCGAUCUGAUUCAAUUCGAUCGAACGAAUUUAUCAAUCUCGAUCGCUCUUGUAAAUCGUUUUAUAUAUGUGUGUAUGUAUAUGUAUAUACAUAUAUAUAUGUGUGUGUAUAUAUAUAUAUAUAUAUAGUAUCAUUUUUAUCUCUAUAUUAUCACAAAACAAAACAAAGAAAAAUGCACGCGCAUAGAUACACACACACACACACACAGACAAAAUCGUCAAUAAUUUCAUCGGCCUCAAAUUGCUCUUUUUGUUUUCUCUUUUUUGUUGUUGUUUUUUCAGUUUUCUUUUUCUAUUUUUAUCUAUUUUAUUUAUUUUCUUUUUUUUUCUUGCAAAGAUAAAUCAUAGCGCCGAUUUGAAGCAUAAAUGGUGAAAAUGAUCGAACGUAUAACAUAGUGGUAUACAUAACGUUGAAAAAUACUCUAAAAUAAAAUGGAUCGGUUUCUAUAAUAAUGGAAACUUUUUACUCUCUCCUUUUUUUUUUCUUUUUUUUUUUUUAUCGAUAAUCGAUCAUAAACAUGGAAAUGAAUGAGAUCGGUCGUUCGAAGAUGAAACAAAAGAUUGGAUAAAAUAAAACGAUAUAUAUAUAUAUAUAUAUAUAUUGUACGUGUGAAAAUUAAAAAAUUAAGAGCGGCAAGCUUUCUAUUCGGCCUAACUAGAGAAAAAAGGGGAUGAUGAGUGGAUGUGGGAUUGGAGGGAGACGAGGUGGGGGUAAAUGCUUUUAAAUACAUUCAUACUUCAAACAGGUGUAAUUCAAUCGAAUCACUAAUCAGCUAUUCGAACGAUAACGAUGAAUUGUAUAGCGCGAUAUUAUAUAUGAAGAGUACUUAAUUGAAUUGUCAUCGAAUGUACGACUAAUUAAAGCUACUCGUUCAAAAAAAAAAAAAAAGAAAGAAAGAAAAGAAAAAGGAAGAAGAAGAAAAAGAGAAUAAGGAAAACACCUUGUUCUAUUAUUUCAUAUGGCACGCGAAUAUACAAGAUAAAAUCGGUUUUCAAAUCGUCGUAGAAAAAAUCUGAUUUUUAAAUUAUCCAUCAAUUAAAAUUAUCUAACGAUCAACGUUCGUAUAAAAGAGAAACAAACAAGAGAAGAAAAAGAAAACUAAAAAUCUUACCGAUAUAAUUUCUAUCUUUUUUUCUUUCUUUUUUUCUUCUUUUUUUUUUUAACAUAUAUAAUCGUCGACAAAUCUUCUUUUUUAAACGGAACAAAUCGAUCGAACCCAUUAGCAAUCGUUAUUAAAUCUUUAUUUGUCGUAAAUGAUCGAAUCUUCUUUUUCCAUACGAGAUAAACGCGUAGAAGAAAAUAUUAUAAAAAACAAAAAAAAAGGAAUUAAAUAAAUAAAUAAAAGAAAUUCCGACGAAACACUUGAAAUUGCCUGAGUUAUUAACGAAACGAUUGAUGAGUCUUCGAUUUGAAUGUUUAAUAAUAAUUAUUGUUGUUGUAACGAUUAGAUCAGUAAAAUUAAUGAGGAAGUUAGAAAAUAUGAAUAAAUGAAUGAAAAGAAUGGUAAACUGUUUUUAAAAUGAAAUUUCUGAGACGAGAUCGGAUUUGACUGGAACGAACGGACGAGACUUUACCAGCAGAACGAGAAUUAUCUUUCCGUUCGGUACACUCCUGGCGGAAAGAAGAACCUGAUUAAAAAACUUUCCGAUGAACCGAACACAAUGGUCCGAAUGCAAGUAAGUAAGGAGACGUUACCUCGUGGUCGUCCUCGUCCUCGUCCUCUACCUCGUCCUCGUCCUCGACCUCUUGUCCUUUCGUCGUCGUGCGAAUUCUUAUAGUUCUUCUUUUUCCUCAUCUCUUUAAAUUUCUUUUCUUCUUUACGACUCUUAUUAUAAAUCGAUUCGUUCGCAGAACGAUCUCACGAUUCAUACACAAACUAAAUAAUUUCUCUUCGUCUAUUACAAACUAUCUCUUUCUAUCUUUUCUUUUGAUAUUCUUUCUCUCUCUCUCUCUCUUUUUUUUUUUUUGUUAAAUACAAACGAAGAAAAAAUAAUCUUGCAUAUAUCAUCCCGUUGACUAAUUUAAUGAUUUAAUUUAAUGAUAAUGGUAAUAAUAACAAUAAUAAUUAAUUAUUUAAUAAGAAGUACAUGUGAAUAAAAUUCAAAGUUCUGGAAAAACGUGUGAUGAAUAUGAUGGAGGAACAAGUGAAACAAAUGCAGAAAAAGAGGAAGAAAAGGAAAAAAAGACUUUAUAAAAAUAAUAUCUAAAGUACUUGCAUACUAUAUUUCACAUGGCGAUAAUGAAUGAUUCGGAUUUGAAAAAAAAUAUAUAUAUAUAGUAUAUUGCUCAUCUCUAUACUUUUUCGUUAAUCUAACUUCCAUAGAUUAGAAUCGAUCUCGAAAUGAAAUUGGCUUUGGCACGUUCGAUUUAACGAUCGAUACACACAUGCUACUAUCAUUUAUUUUACCUGCUCGAUUGGUGCCGAGAGAACACGAAAAAUCGAUUAUUAGUACGGAGUCUAUAUAUAUGUAUACAUACAUACAUACAUACAUAUAUACAUACGUGUAUGUGUGUCUGUGUGUGUGUGUCUCCUUCCUCCUCUCCCUUCAUCAAUCAACCCAGACGCGAUCGGUCGUCAUCGUGUAAAGUUACGCUUUUAGGACGAAUCGACGAUGAGUUACGUUUUACAUUGAAUUGGUUAUUUAAAGAAAAAAAAAAUUAUACGAAUUCGAGAAAAAAAAACAAGGAUAGAAAGAACAAAAGAGAGAGAGAGAAAGAGGCCGCUCUUAAUUUUUUAAUUUUCCCCGUUUUUUCUUUUUUCGGAAAAAAUAAAAUUAAAAAUGAAAAAAGAGAGGGAGGGAGAGAGAGAGAGAGAAAGAGUACUUUUUAUAUCCUUCUCUCUUUUUCUUCCUUUUUUUAUUUUUCUUUCUUUUUUUUUCAUUUUUCUUUUUUCUUCGCGAAUAAUAUUAUUCGAUCGAGAAAAUUUUUAUAAGAAAAUCCUUUUGUCAAAUCCCGUGCCUACGUUUUUUUUUUUUUAUCUCGUCCCUUUUGGUACUUAAAGGAUUUACGAUCUCUCUAAACGAAAGGUAAAAUAUAAUAGGAGGUGACCGUAAACACGGCUUAUUUAACGCUUAACAUAAAAUAAUCGCUCUUAGGUAAGGCGAUAUUUUAGUGGUACGGCGUGUGCCACCGCGUUUUAUAUUGUUACAUGGAGUUGCCAUGAAACGAUCUACGUAGUACUUACUUACACGUUUAAUAUGACAAAUAGUCUCUCGGGUACAGUCAUGAAACUACCGCAUAAACGGUCGUCGAUGUUUGUGCUUUUUGCUCUCUGCAAUUUUCCGCUGGAAUCAACACGUUUACUCCCAUUGACAAUUAGCUAACUUGAUAUACAUAUAUAUCUUUUUUAUAAAAAUAAAUUUUCUGAACAAAAUUUUUUAACCUCUUCCUCUCACUCCCACCCUCAUCUUCACUCCCUCCUUUUCGAAUCUGGAACUCUACGAAUGAAAAAUACUGUAUCAAAUAAUUCAUAUAUAUAUAUAUAUAUAUAUUUUUUUUUUCAUACGAUUCGUUAAAACGUACGCAUAAUAAAAUGAAAUUAUUUUUCACUAAAAAUAUCACGUGGCAACGUCAUAAUUUCCCACGAUAAAUUCAAAAGACAUAUUUAUAAUAUCUCUAUCAAGAAUAAUAAUCUCUCUUAAAUACUUGUAAUAUCAUCAUAUAGAAUUAUAAAUCAUCAAUGCUAAUCCAUUAGUCUUCUAUUUUCCCUGAAAAUAGAAAAACCAUAUCGAUUAAAUCCUUUUAAGAAUAGAACAAAUUUUCGAAAUUCAUAUUCUUGUUUUCAAAUCGUACGCGUGUAAUCUAAGAAAAAAAUUAAUUAAGAAUAACGAUGUUUUAUUAUUUCACGAUAUUAUUUAUUCAUAAUUUUUUGAAUUAUAUAUAUAUAUAUUUUUUUCUUUUUGUGUUUUUUAAUCGAUAGAUCUCUCGGUAAAUGCGGCAAAUUCAAGUAGUAAUCGACGUACAGAAAAUCUGAACGAGUUCAAGCAAAAACCAAACUUCAUGGUUCUCGCAUAUGCUUUGAAGUUUUAAUUCAACGGCUGAAUAGCCAAAUCAAAAAGCGUAUACCCACUUGCUAACGGUCACUUUAUCGGCACCAAUUACGACUACGUAUAUUAUUCGUUCGUAGAGCGUGCACGGACUUCCGAAGAGUUACGUGGGGAUUUCACGUAACAAUUUAUAAAUUCAUUGCAUCUCGUGCACACGUGAUAGGACGAAAUAUUGGAGAUUGGCAGACAGGUAGAAACGAAUGAUUCAUUAGUGGCUGUUGUUUGCGAAAAAUCGAAAGGCAUGCUAAAAUCUUUUUGAACUAGUCCUAGGUACUGCUCGAAUUUGAUAUUCUUUUUUCUUACAGAAAGAAAAAAGAAAGAAAAAAGAAGUACAACAAAUCUUCUUCGAUGCGACUUCGUUAUCGCACUUCUUGUAAAUUUCAAUUUUUUUUUCUUCUCUUAAAAAAAGAAAAAAAAAAAAACAAGAAAAGAAACGCAAAAAUGUAUUCGUUACUUCUUCAUCAGCGCACUUCAUUUUUGACAAUUUCGUUCUCGUUUUAUUACGUCAGCGUACUUCGACCUUCUUCUUUUUUGUCUCUUUCUAUUUUGACUUUAAUUUAAUUAACAAAAAUUUUUCAUUCGUAUCUAAGAACAAUUGAAAUAUAAAAAGAGCAUGUAUGCUUCGCCUAAUAAAUUCGAAACAAGAGUCGAUCGAGAUAUUGACAUGAUUAUUUGUCAAACAUACGGAGAGAAUUGUUUAAAAAAAAAAGAAAAAAAAGAAAACAAGCGUUAAAUGCGUUAAAUGUAAAAAAUCUAAUAUAAGAAAAAUCGAUGCGAUGAUCCAAGACGGUUCAAUAAAAUUGUCGCGUUAAUCGACGUUAAUGUGAUCGUGCAUGUGUGUGUGUGUGUGUGUGUAAGUGUGUGUAAGUGUGUGUAAGUAUGUGCGUAAAUGUGUGUGUGCACGCGUUAUAUACAUACUUAUGUGCACAUAAAAGAGAAAAGAAAAAAGAAAAAAGAAAAAAGAAAGAAAAUAUUAAAGAGCUAACUCUAGCUCUCUUUUAAUCGCGUUUACUCGGAUGUAAAUAUGUAUUUAAAGAAGGAAGAAGAAUAAGAAAAAGAAGAAGAUGAAAAAGAAGAUGAAGAAAAAGAAAGAGGAAAAAAAAAGGACGAAGAAGAAAAAGAUGAUCGAUUUUAAUCAUUCGGUUAUCAAUCGAUGAAAUACUAUGGUAACGAUAAUAUCGCAUUGCCGUUCAACUAUGAUUCAUUUUGUACGAUACCAAUGUAUAUCUAUAUUUCGAGAAACUUAAAAAAAAAAAAGAAAAAAAAAGAAGAAGAAGAGAGUAAAAAAGGAACACUACAAUGUAAAAGUCGUAUACUGAAAGAAAUAACAUUCUGUAUUUUUUUUUUUUUAACUUUUUUUCUCUCUCUCUCUCUCUCUCUCUCUCUCUCUGCCUCUCUCUCACACACACACAGCUCUCUCUCUUUCUUUCUCUAUAUAUCUAAUUUGUCGUCUAUUAUAUAACGAAAAGAAUUGUCCCAUAACAAAAAGAUUUUUAACAUUUUCCGAAAGACCCCUUAAUUCUCCCGUUCCUUAUAUCAGAAAUUUAUUUAUUGACAGAAUUUGUUCGAUAUCUCAAAAACUAACGAAGAUAAAUAUUUAGUCGCAACGUGAUCAAAUAUUUCUUUCAAUUUACGACGAAUUUACAAUGCUCGUUCGAUUAAAGAAAAAAAAAAGAAGAGAAAAGGAAAGAAAGGAAACGAUAUGUUGGAUAGGAGGAGAACGUUUUUACGAAUAAAAAGAAAUGUUAAAAACGUUAGCUCGUUUAAAUAAAAGUGAAGAAAAUUAAUGAAUAUAUCUAAAAAAGAAAAAAGGAAAAAAGAGAAGAAAAAGAAGAAAGAAAACUCGAAGAAUUAAAAAAAAAAAAAAGAAAAAAGAAAGAAAGAAAACAAUCAAGAUUAUAAAAAAAAAAUAAAAAAAAAAAAGUUCGACGUAUCGUACUAUCGAUUAUACGCAAAUGCAUACAUACAUAAAGAAAACAAGAAGAAAAGAGGAAAAAGAAAAAAAAAAGAGAGAGACACCCUCGCCCCGCCUUCAUUCCCACCCCUUCAAAAAAAAAAAGAAAAAAAAAAGAAAAAAAAGCACUGUAUAUCACUGUAACACAAUUUAUCGUCAUUGUAUGAGAGAACGUUGCCGUCUUGUCGCCUAGAAAAUUUUCGAAAAUGAUCGUCGAUGUAAAAUUAAAAAUCGAAAACGGGGUAAAAUAAAACGAGCCGAGGAAGGCGUCGCCGCGUCAACACUGCGCGCUCCGUGGAUGGUCUAAAAGACUGUGAAUAAUAUACAUAAAUACAUACAUACCUAUAUAUGUAUUAUAUCCAACGUGUGUGUGUGUAUGUGUAUGUGUGUGCGUACAAAAAAAAAUUCGUGAGAAUGCGUGAGACGUGCGAAGAUUGAACAAAAUUGUGCUUGAAGGUGUACGAAAGAAAUAAGAAUGAAAUAGAAAAAUAUAGAAGCAGAGAGAGAGAGAGAGAGAAGAAAUAUGUAAGAAUAUGUAAGAAAGAGAGAGAAAGAAAGAGAGAGAGAGAGAGAGACAAAAAGGAGAAGAAUAAAAAAAUAAAAAGAAAAAAGUAAAUAUAAAAAUGAAGCCGACACGCUUCGCAUACGAGACAGAUUUGUUUUUCUCCUCGUUGAAUAUUUCCAAGAUGAUCGUUCGUCCCGUCGUUUCGAGGAGAACGCGAUGAGAAUAAUUUUUAUUUUUUUUAUUCUUUUUUUUUCGAAAGUUUCUGCCUCUCAAGGGAGAAAGACACUACGACGAUUACUAUGAAUAACGACGACAACGACGACAACGACGACGACAAUGACGACUACUAUUCUGACGACGAGAAUUAUAUAAUUAUAGAUUCGUAUGUAAGUACAUAUUUAAGUAGAUAACUUACGUUAUUUAUUCCGUAUAACGGAACUAUCGUCUGGAAGAAAUUUUCAAAGAGAAUAACAAGGUAACGUGAAACGUGUCGUCGUCAUAAUUGUCGAUAGAAGUUCGGUAAAUAUAUCUUCUUUAUGUUGUAAAAACAUACUCGAAUUUUUGAACCCUGUCGAACUUGAAGAAAAACGAUAUCAACACUUUCAACCCCAGUCUCCGAUCCUCCGUCCUUCGUUCCCCGUCUAUUUUCCUCGAUUCCCGUUGGAUUCGUUCGAGCGUCUAAAAUUAAUGGCGAUUUAACGCGUUCAUCCGACGUUCGUUGAAUUUACCGAACUUCUCCUUCCGUGUGCAAAAAGAUAAAGUGUUGUGUAUGGAUAUGUGUGUUGUUGUUAUUGUUGCGUAUGUGUAUGAGUCUGUGAUUGCGAGAAAUAUAUAUAUAUAUAUAUAUAUAUAUAUAUAUAUAUAUAGAGAGAGAGAGAGAGAGAGAGAGAGAGAGGAUAAGAGACAGUAUGAAAGAAAAAAUUUUGUUUAUAAGUUUAAACGUACCUACUGCCACGCUACUAAAACAAAAAAAAAAGAGAAAGAAAACAACAAAGAAAUAAACAGAAAAAAAAACACAUACACUGACAUAGAUAUACGUACAUACAUACGUACAUACAUAUGCACAGAGAGACACACACAAUUAAAAAUAAAAAGACACAACUUCGAUUCGUAUCUCAUCGUUUUAAAUGAGGAGUGUCCACGCUCUGAUUAUAUUAAGAUAUAAAAUAAAUAAAACAUGAGUGAAAGAUUAAAAUUAGAAAUGAUGAUUAAAAAGGAAGAUUGGGCAUAUAUAUAGGUGCUGACCGAUGUAAAUAUGCUUCGAAUCCUUUAAAUGGAACAGAACCAAAAUUAUAUGAACGAAAAGAAUGAAAAUAAUUAGGAAAAGCGAGGAAUAAAAAGAUGAAAGGGAAUACGAAGAAAAAUAUCUGUCCAACUUAAAUGCGAUAUGUAGAUAUUCGCCUGAGAGAAAAAGAGAGAAAGAGAGAGACAAAGAGAGACAGAAAGAGAAAGAGAGAGUGAGAUGAGAGUAAGAGAAAGAAAGAAAGAGAGAGCAAAAGAAAAAAAGAGACAGAAAGAAAUCAAUCUCAGUGUUACUCUUUCUCUAUCCUUCAUUCUCUCUCUCUCUUGUUCUCUUUUUCUUUUUCUCUAUCAUUCACCACUCUCUCGCUUUCUUUUAUCUACUCUCUUUCUCUUUCUCUUUCUCUUUCUUUCUCUCUCUCUCUCUCUCUCUCUCUCUCUCUCUUUCAUAUUCUUUCGAUAGAACCAAAGGCGCGCUCGCAUGUGUGAAUAUGUAAGUAAAAGCAAAGUAAAAGAAAAAGUGUUAUAUCGAGAGAGACUCUUUAUCCGGAUAUUACGAAAUUUAAUUGAAAGAAUGGCCGUUGCGAGAAAAUAAAAAAGAAUGCGAGGGUGGAGCAAGAGAAGAUCGAAGAAAGAAUUGCAAACGGAGUGGUUGAAGACUUUUCUCUAGUUCUUUCUUUCUCUCUCACUCUUUUUCUUUCACUCUCUAUCUCCCUAUCUCCCUAUCUCUUUAUCUCUUCCUUUUUCUAUCUCUCUUUUUUAUCUUAUAUACCUACUCUCUUUAAGCCGGGUUAUCGAACGCACUCUUGAAACGAAAUAAAAAUGAAACGAAAAAAAAAGAAAACAAGAAAAAAGAAAAGGGAAAAAGCGAGGCAAGGAACACUCGAGAUAAGAGAUCUCGAUCGAUUGGAAAAAGAGAAAUUGAAACUAUCCAUGAUAACGUCGAACGAGUGCGAUUGAAACUUUUCAAAGAUCAUAUAUAUAUGUGUGUGUAUAUAUAUCUUAGUUCUAUAAGAUCUUUUCGAAAAUCGUUUUCUACUUCGCAAAAAAGAGAAAAAGAAGGAAGUAAAGAUAGAUGGAGAGAAAGAAAGAGAGAGCAAGAGAGAAGAGAAAAUUAUCGCGAAUAACGACGAGAAAGUGAUCCCAAGUUGAAAGAUUUUCUUUGCAAAUUAUUCGAUCAAUUUUUUCGACCGUUCGAACGAGAUCAAAAGCAAUUUUUUUUUAUUCCAAGAAUAAUAAAAAAAACUAAAAAUAAUUUCGAAAGAAAACAAAGUAUGUGUACGGAACGAUGUAUACAAAAUUAUUCGAUAUUUUUCAGCUUUUUUUCGACAAAUUAAUUUCUCUGCUUACUUUUUUUUUUUCUUCCUUUUAUCAAAUAACAUCCCAAUCUCUUUCAGCUCACGUAAUCGACCAACGUUUCGAUUUGUAGGGAAAAAAAAAAAAAAGAAAAGAAAAAUAAAGAGUAAAAAGGGAAAGAAAGAAAAAAAAUCGUCAGGAUAAAUAUAAAUGAAAAAAAUAAAAAAAAAAGAAAGAAAGAAAAAGGAAAAAAUAAUUGAUAUCAAAAUUGAGAAAAAACAAAUUCGAAUAUUUUGAAAAAAAAAAUCUUCUCCAUCGUUACGCGUACGUACAUAUGUACAUUGAAAUUCGCAUAUUACAAAAAUCGAAUGGGAUCAUUUAUCGUCGUCAAUGAACGUAUAUAUGCCUUUUGAACAUUGAAAAAUCUUUCACACGUUCAUCGACAUAAAGGGUAAGACAUAAAAUGUAAAAUGUAAAUCGUGAGAAUGUAAGCCUUAACAAAAUUUUUUUUUUAGCCACUAAAUCUCACGUAUUGCAGUCAAAAAAUGUAAAAAGUUGAUAUAGUCGAAUUUCGAUCGGUGGAUUUUCUUAUACGGCUUACGUAUUUAUUUACGCUUUUACGUCGAUGUUUGUGCGAACGACUUAAGGGCUUUUACCGUUCGACGCUGGACGCCAUCGAAAAAGCAAAGUAGAGAAAGGCUAUAGAUUCUGUAUAUAUGUUCGAGAUCGAUCGAUCGAUCGUUCUCACGAACGAAGUAAUAAAUUACGAAACGAAAAAUACGACAAACCCGGCCUUUCUAAACAUUUGUCCGUUUUAACAAUUCGAUCGAAUUACGAUUCCAAUAAAAUAAUUUUAACGUAUCGAUAACACAUAAUUGUACGAAUAUUUAGAUAUAAUAUCGAUUCUAUACUUCGAUCUAUCAUCUUGCUCCGUCGUGUGCGUAUCGUACGAUUUAUUUGUAUAGAUAAGUGAGAGAAGGAUGAAAAAAAGGAAGAAAGAAAGAAGGAAAGAAAGAAAGAAAGAAAGAAAGAAAGAAAAAAAGAAAGAAAGAAAGAAAGAAAGAAAGAAAUAAGCGAUAAAAGAACAGAGAAGGAAGGAGAAGGAGGAGGAGAAAGAGGAGGAGGAGGAGAAGAACGAUGAAGAAGAAACAGAGAAUGUUAUUUAGAAGGAGAAACGAAUAAUUUUGCAACAAAAAAAAGAGAAAAGAAAAAAGGACGAAGAAAAUUGAAAAAAAACUGUAUUCCUUAGCACAGAGAGAAGCUGUUUUCUUUAAUAAAAAAAAAAGCAAGAGAAGAAAGAGAAAAAAGAAAAAAAAGUUGAACAAAAAAGAAACCAUCAGUUUUCGUCUCGAUCCCACUCCUCGAUCCACCUCCUCGAGUCUCGUCGUCGAUCUCCAAGUCCAGAACGAAAAAGUAAAGUAAAAUAAAGUAAAGUAAAGUUAAAUAAAUAAAUAAAUAAAUAAAUAAAUAAAUAAAUAAAUAAUUAAUUAAUUAAUUAAUUAAAUAAGAGAGAGCGAAAAUGAGAGUAAUAUAAAAUAAGAAAAAAAAAAAGAAGAGAGGAAAGAAAAAAAAUACAUAAAGCGAGGCGACGACUUUUAAUCCGACAAUUUUUCUUUUCCAUCUCUGGUUUGGGAAGAAUUUUUUUUUUUUUCUUUUUGUCUUCUCUUUUUUAUUCUCUCUGUCCAUUCCUUUCCAGAUUUUCCACGUCUUUUAGUUAAAGAUCACUGACCGUACCGUUUAUAGAUAGGCUAAUAUACUAAUAAGUGUUUCAUCUAGCCUACGAUGUAUAUUGUAUCUAUAAUCAGAAAAUAAAAAAAUUACCGAAGAGAAAU